AUGGCUAAUGAGAAUGAUCUUAAGCGUAACAUCACUGCGCCUAGUCAUGAUGUGGAUCUAGGAGAGGUGCUGGCUCUAGAAUCUACGCCAGAAGAACAGCGUCGAGUUCUACGCAAGUUGGAUCUUGUAUUGAUCCCCUUGAUGGGUACGGGAUAUUUCCUCCAGUUUCUUGACAAGCUGGCUCUGAGUCAAGCAACGCUGUUCAAUUUACGCGAAGAUCUGAAUCUGCGUGGAUCGAACUACUCGUGGACCUCGGCUGUCUUUUACUUUGGCUACCUUCUCUGGAGCUGGCCCAGUGCGUACAUAAUUGUACGUUUUCCAAUUGGGAAGUACUUGGCCACGACGGUAUUUCUUUGGGGUGGAAUCCUGAUGUGCCACGCUGCUUGCACCAACUUUGCUGAACUCAUGGUCGUUCGCUUUUUCCUUGGUGUUGGAGAAGCUUCUAUCGCACCAGGAUUCACUUUAAUCACAGGAAUGUUUUAUACUCGGCAGGAGCAGCCAGUUCGGCAAUCUGCUUGGUUCUUUGGUAACUGCGUUGCUGUACUCUUCGGAGGCUUGAUUGCCUACGGCAUUGGAAAUAUACAUACCACCGCAAUUGAACGAUGGAAAUUAUUGUUCUUAAUUCUAGGCUCUAUCACGUCGGGUUAUGCUAUCGUCUUAUUUUUCCUCUUACCUGACUCUCCAGCCAAGGCCUUUUUCCUAAAAGAUAAUGAACGGGCUAUCGCAAUCCAACGGACAUUGAAGAACAAGACUGGAAUAAUGGACAAUGGAAAAUUCAAAUGGUCUCAAGCCCGCCAGGCCUUGACAGACCCACAAACAUGGUUGCUGGUUUUGAAUUCAUUCACUUCGAACCUAUGCAAUGGCGGGAUCACCACGUUUACAUCUAUCAUCACAGCGGGCUUUGGAUUUACCGACCUGAAAGCCCUCAUCAUGCAAAUGCCUCAAGGCGGAGCAGAGAUUGUUUUCUUGGUGCUCUCGUCUCUUGCAUGUACCUUUAUUCCAUCGUCUCGUAUCGUUGCCAUGAUUUUCAACACUUCGAUAUCAGUGAUUGGGAUGGUUCUGAUCUGGAAAUUGGAUCCUGCAGAUCAGGCAGGUCGCAUGGUUGGUCUGACUUUGGCCGUUGUAUAUGCGAUCAACCUGCCGAUUAUGUUGAGUAUCGUCACCUCCAAUGUCGCUGGGUUCUCGAAGAAAAGUGUCGUUAGUGCUUUAAUAUUCAUUUCUUACUGCGUGGGAAAUGUUGUUGGACCUCAGUUCUAUAUUGCCUCCGAGGAGCCUUCCUACCCAACCGGGAUUAAGGCUGGAAUGUCUGGCCUGAUUUUGAGCAUUUUCUUCUUGGCUCUACUCUUCUUUUACUACACCUGGGAGAACCGCCGUCGUGAUCGCCUAUACGGGCGCCCGGAAGAAAUGACCGUUGGGGCAGAGCUGCAGGAUGAACUUUCGAAUAAGACUGACAGGGAGAUCAAUAGCUUCCGGUAUAUCUUGUAG